CCCUCACACUGCUCAUUACCGACAUCAAUCAUAAUGUCCUUCUCCCCGCUGGUCAAGCUCGCAAGGAAAGUUGAACGGGCUGAAGUCCCUUGGGGCUUCGUGAUCUAUCGCACAACCUACACCCCCUUUUCUGACACCUACUUUACUGAAAUUGUUCAGCUCCUUACUAGCCUUGCUAAAUACAGUGUAUGCAAAUGGAAAGAUUGGAAUCCUAAUAACCCCGCAAAACUUUCUGCCAAAACUACCCUACAAGAGACAUACAAACCAAUUAUCAUGGAUAACAAGUCUGAAUUUGAUGGGAUAACCCUGGACGCCAUCCGUGCCCACCAUCAAGCCUUAAUUAAGCAGCCUGUUGGAAGCAGAGAGCGACCUAUUACCAACGAGUGGUGCUGUCUGCUUGUCGACGAAGAGGUUGUGCAGACACUAGCUGGGGCAGACCCAGCUGCCCUUAUUGCCACCCAAAACAUUGUCGAGGACUACGAUAAUCAUUGGGUCAAGGCCGUUGAGUCAGACCCCGAAGACGAAGAUGACAAGGGCUGGAUGAAGUGCUCGGUUUUUGCUCUCUGGAAUCUAUGGAUUGAUAUGGACGGCGACAGGCCGAUGAGAUCGUUUGAGGCGCUCUACACCCGGGGACCUUAUUGUGGCUGAAUUCGGGUAAAUGGAAUCGGGCAUCAAUGGCCUCGCUCUGGAGGAAUAGAUGAUGAAUGGCUAGGUUGAUCUACGUGAUUCCAGCACGAGACGUGGAUUAUGGAAGCCUCAGUAGAAAGGUGUUACUAAAACGACCACCGCCUGGGCUUGGGGUUUUGCUUCAAGUUAACCAUAACCAAUUCCCUCGGAGGCUUCUGAACGUACAGGAGAGAUCCACCCCACCUCCGGGUCACGGGUAGUCGGGUCAUUCUAUUCACUUGCUGGUUCGAGACGGCCAUGUAUUUCGGUUUAUACUUUUUUAUCAAAAUGAUGUGACGAUAAUCCUUGUCAGAUACGACCUUUUGAAUGAUAUAUGCACAAAAUUUCUCGCUGCCAGCGAGGAUCGAGGAAUUAGGGUGUAUUGAAGUUUGAUCUUUGUUAGCAACAGGCAACAUGUUGACAAUAUACAUUCCAGAUAUUUAUAUCAGCACACAAGACAAUCAGCCUGCCAUAAUGGAGGGAAUAAAUCCAC